AUGAAGACUAAUGCAUCAUGGGAAAGUCUUCAGUGCGAUCAGACUGACCUCACCUUCAGCUAUCACCUGAUCACUGAGAAUAAGACCUGGUAUGAAGCUCAGACAUCUGUUAAUGUCAGUGAUGACCGUAGGAGUGGGAUGAGCGGCACUCUGAACUACUGUAAGAAAGUCUUUUCUCCUGCAGAACAAAACAAUCGUCUCACAACUUUCCAUCUCAUAGAGAAGAACCUGACUCAGUCUGAAGCUCGAGCAGCUUGUAGAGAGAACUACACUGAUCUGGUCACUGUGUAUAAUGAUGAAGACAUCACUGCACUGAUCAGACUGACUGGUAUCGGCUCUGCAUGGACUGGUCUGUACAGAAAUCAGCCCAGUGUAAAAUGGUCUAACGGUGAUGACGUUACAUUCAGACAUCAGAAGACUGGAGACUGUGGCUCAUGGCCCUGCUGUGCUGCUAUGAAGGCUGAUGGAUUAUGGGAAAAUCUUCAGUGUACACAGACAAGAAACUUCAUGUGUUACAAACAAGAUCAGACUAACUCCAGUUAUCAUCUGAUCACUGAGAAAAUGACCUGGUAUGAAGCUCAGAGUUACUGCAGGAAGAACUACACUGAUCUGGUCAGCAUCAGAGAUCAGGAGCAGAAUGAAGCAGUGAAGAUAGCAGGGAUGAACAGCAGUGAUCCCUUCUGGAUUGGUCUGCUGCGUGAUGACUGGCAGUGGGCUGAUGGAGGAAGAUCUGCUUACAGAAACUGGUGGGACGAUCACCCUAAACCUUCUCCAGCAGACUGUGUGAAACUGGUAUCAGGAAAAAUGUAUUCAGUGCCGUGCAGUAAUACUGGAUCUGCUCUGUGCUACAGCACUUUCCUCCAUGUCAGUGAAGACCAUAUGAACUGGGAGAACGCUUUUUACUACUGUAAGAAAGAUAACAGGGCUGGUCUGCUGCACAUUCAUACUGAAUCUGACCACACUAAGGUGAAGAACGAGCUCAGGAAGAUGGGUAUCUCUGGGACUUUCUGGGAUGUACAGACCAUCCGACUGGGGUUAACGUUACUCACAGCAGCAGCUGUAGCCGCACGGAACGAGCCAAACAACGCGCUCACCCAGCAGAGCAGCGAGAGGUAA